UGGAGACAGAAGGAGUCUCAGGGUCAGGCCGGAGGCCAAGCGCAUUUUCUAGGACUCAUAAGUCCCCAUGCCACCCCUUGAGGUGGCGCCCUGUCCCGCGAUGGCCGCGGUCGCCCCGCUGCCCUGCCCGCUGUCCCGGCGGGCCUUCCUCAAGGCCUCGCACUUUGCACUGGGGCCCGACCCGCGGCUGCACGCGGGCGCCAUGCAAUCCACGUCGCAUCGGGACUUCCCGGCCCACCCGGGCGUCACCGGCGCGCCGCGGUGCCAGCAGCCGCCGCGAGGGUCCCUCUUGCCCCAGGACGCGCGCUCGCGGGGCGCCGAGCUCCGGUCCGAGACGCACUGCGCGUUCGCGCCCCCGCCGCCGUGCACGCGCCCCGAGACGCGGGAGCGCACCCCCGCCCUGCAGGGCAGCGGCCUGCGCGUGCACCCGUCCGCGCGCGUCCGCACCGGCGCCUCCACCGUGCGCGCCGACUUCGGCUGGCCCGAGGCGCCGGCGCGCGCCCGCGAGCAGAUCCACGGCGCGCGUCUCAUCUUCGACCGCGACUCGGUGGCGCCCGGCGACCCGGCCAAGCUGCGCAUCCCGCCCACCACCUACCAGGACUUCUACGCGCUCCGCGCCCCGUGCCCGCAGCCCCGCGCGCCCUGCUGCCACCUCGGGGGCCUGAACCCCCUCAGGUGGGACCACAGGAGACAGGACAAUGGGACCUCCUACCAGAGACACUUCCAGGCUCUGCCGAGCCCACCUGCCUUGAUGUGUAAGAGGGCCUCUUCCAGUGUGGAAUUGGGAGACUUCAAGAUUGGCUAUGGGCCCAUGUGUUCAGAGCAGAAACAAGCCUACAGACCUCAGGGUCUGCCCCCAGACAGGUAUGACAAGGCUCAGGCCAUAGCCCACAUCCACCAUGUGAAUAUUUGUCCUGGAGAUGGCCUGUUCCGUGACAGGACCACCAAGGCUGAACACUUCUAUGCCCGAGAGCCAGAGCGUUUUGUUCUUCACCAUGACCAGACUCCAGCAUCGCACAUCCUGGAAGGAAACUGGUGCCCUGGUCCGGGCAGCCUCACCACCUCCAUGCACUCUUUCCAUGGCCAGCUGCCGGUGACCAAGCCACCCAGCCGCCACGUGCCUCACGAUAAACUGAAGAGCCACGUGUGCCUCGGGGACUCCUCGCUGCUCGGGCAGUUCCUCCAGACCUCCAUGGGCUCGGACUAUUGCCCCCCCGAGAAGGCACAGAAGUCGCAGAAGGCGCCCAGUCUCCACUUGCUGCAGAGCAGCCUGCCCCAGGGCACCUACGAAACAGAUUUUUUAACCACGAACCAGAAGAUGCUGAAGCCUCACAGAACAGCUCCGGCCUCCGUGACUGAGGACAUGCUACAGCGGUGCAAGUAUGGCCACAUUGAGCCCCCGCUGGGUGGACAGCGCUUCUUCUCAACCCAAUACGAGGAUGAGUUUGUCUCCAAGUUCCAGGGCCCAGCAGUGUUGAGAUUGGUCAAUCUUCAGGACAGCCAUGUGCCUCUGGGCUCCCCUCGCCCCUGGGGCUGUGGGGCUGGGAACAUAGACCCUCGGGCCCCCAAGACCCCUACCUACCCAUGCCCUAGUCAGCAAUAAA